AUGGCGGUUCCAGACAUAACUCAAGUUAAUGAUGCGUUGUUGAUCCAAGUUUAUCCUAGAAUGACACCUAUGUGUACGUUUGUCCCAAGACAACUUAGCAAAGAUCAGAUGGCUUUGCUUUUCCCAGAAACGUGGAUUACGAAAUAUGAGAUGCUUCAUCAAGCAACCAAACCAAUCCAGUCAAAAGAUCCUCUCUUCAUAAGGAAAGCAAAUGGUGAAGUAGAGACGAAAUUCCUGAUAGAACCACCAGAAAAGAAAGAUGUAACGGUCUUCCCAACCCAAAUCGCCAUGUUGCAACCAGUAUCUUAUGUUGGAGAAGAUAGUCUCCAAAUCAAAGCAUUCCGAGAAGAUGGAAAGCCUUGCUAUGAAGGAAAAUCACCCUUUGGACACAUAUGGUGGGACAUUUGUGAUUGUGUUGACUGCCAGGAGGAAGAAGCUUUUGAAGAAGAUUAUCCCAAGAGAAAGAAAAAAUCUUCUUAA